AUGAGGAUUCUGCUGGAGGAGCUGUCACGUAAGCCUUCCCCACCUCGCCAGUGGAUAGGUAGUGAGGCCUGGGUAACCGACCGAGACAUGCUGAGGUUCCGCUUCCUUGCUGGAGCCAUUGGAUUUGGCAUUGAAAAAUCUGUCAUCCCAGGUGAAGCCACGGACAGGAGUGUGUGUGAUGGAACUGAAGAUAUAAAGAUGCUCCAGAGCUCAUACACUGACACAUCUCAACUUCGAGUCACUAACAUGGUGUACAAGGCUGUCUAUGCAAUAGCGCAUGCCAUUCAUAACGCAGUGUGUCAGAAAACUGAUUCUACUACACAAAAUGAGAGUGGCAGCAUUGAGUUGGUGACUGUGGGGCAAUACGAUUCAUCACUGCCGGUGGGCCAGGAGUUCCUUAUCAAUAGGAACCUCACCUGGGUGGAGGGUGGCACACAGGUGCCUGUGUCAGUGUGCACUGACAGCUGUCCUUCAGGAACUCGUAAAGUGCUUCAGAAAGGAAAACCCAUCUGCUGUUAUGACUGUACACCGUGUCCCGAGGGAGAGAUUAGCAAUGCUACAGAUUCCUUUGAUUGUUUCCCUUGCCCCAAGGAAUUCUGGCCUAAUGCAGAGAGAGAUACGUGUCUUCCCAAACCUGUAGAGUUUCUUUCCUUCAACGAGCCCCUUGGAAUCGUCUUGGCUGCUUUUUCAAUCGGUGGUGCCUGUCUCACCAUUAUAACAGCGGCUGUGUUCUAUCGUCAAAGGAGCUCACCAAUUGUCAGGGCCAACAACUCUGAGCUGAGCUUCUUGCUGCUCUUCUCCCUGACUCUAUGUUUCUUAUUUUCAUUAACGUUCAUUAGAGCACCCUCGGAAUGGUCCUGCAUGCUGCGCCACACAGCGUUUAGGAUCACAUUCGUCCUCUGCAUGUCUUGUGUUCUUGGAAAAACUAUAGUAGUUCUGACGGCCUUCAGAGCUACACUACCAGGUAGUAAUUUGAUGAAAUGGUUUGGGCCUUCACAGCAAAGAUUGACUGUAGUGUCUUUCACGUUUAUUCAAGUUUUGAUAUGUACUAUUUGGUUAGUUCUUAGUCCCCCCUUUCCAAUGAAAAACCUCACGACAUACAAGGAGAGAAUCAUCCUGGAGUGCGCAUUUGGAUCAGCUUUGGGGUUCUGGGCUGUACUUGGGUAUAUAGGCUUACUGGCUGUCUUUUGCUUUGUGUUAGCUGUCCUAGCUCGGAAACUACCUAAUAACUUUAAUGAAGCCAAGCUUAUCACAUUCAGCAUGUUGAUAUUCUGUGCAGUCUGGAUCACAUUUAUCCCAGCAUAUGUCAGCUCUCCUGGGAAAUAUACUGUGGCUGUGGAGAUAUUUGCCAUUCUGGCCUCCAGUUUUGGACUAAUUACGUGUAUAUUCGCUCCAAAAUGUUUUAUUAUUUUGUUUAAGCCAGAAAAAAACACCAACAAACAUAUAAUGAGCAGGGGUUUGUAA